AUGGCUACUAUUAUUGAUCAGAAAGUCAAGAUCGAGUUCGUGGAGGAUGUGGAGCCGCAACCUGUCAAGGAUGGCGAGGUGCUCGUCGAUGCGGCUGGGGAGAUUCAGCGGUUGCCCGUUCCUAGUGCCGAUCCCAAUGAUCCUCUCAACUUCACCUUGUGGGAGAAGACAGGCGUGAUUGUCAGUUGCUGCUGGUUCUCGAUCAUGUCUCUCUCCGUUGUCGGUGGUCUGGGAUCUAUCUUGGGUAUCUUCUUUGGGUUGUAUAUGCCGCAGGGUUAUAGUACGACUCAGGUUGUUUGGUUAGGAACGUUUCCUUCGUUAUUUGUUGGUGUUGGAAAUUAUCUUAUUCUUCCCUUGGGUCUGGUGUACGGUCGUCGACCUACUGCCAUUGGGUCAAUUGUGGUCCUUUUUGUUGCGACGAUUGGAUGUGCUGUGUCACAGACUUUUGAGCAGCAUCUUGGUCUGCGAUGUCUCCAAGGGUUGGCAACCGGUGCUACAGAGUCGCUUCUUCCCCUGAUGCUCUCGGAGGUGACCUUUGUCCACCAGCGUGGCCUUGUCUUCGGUGUCUACUGGGCAACCCAGAAUGUGGUGACCAGCUGUCUGAACAUCGCGUCUUCCUAUGAAGCUGCCGCUCUGGGCUGGCGCUGGUUCUACUGGGUUUACGUAAUGGCCGUCGGUGUCGGCCUUUUCAUUGUCAUCUUCAGCUGCUUUGAGACACGCUACCAGCGGCGCGCACAGCUUGUCAAUGGCCAGGUUAUCGUAACUGAUCAGUUCGGCGUCACCCAGAUUCUGACAGGUCAGCAAGCUCAGGAGUACCUGCUGGCUCUCGAAGCCGAGGAGCAGGAAAUCCCAGACGAGGCCCGACCCAAGAAGACAUACAUGGAGAUGCUCGCCCCGUGGCAGAAGCCAUCAAAGCACCCUGUGAAGACCAUUUUGAUGGCCUGGUUCCACAUGUUCGAAGCCUUCAGCUCCCCCGGAAUCCUGUACGCGACCGUGUUGUCUGCUGUGGUGCUGGGGUGCAGUGUCGGCAUGUCCUUGACUUACGACACCGUGCUGCAGGAGAACUAUGGCUGGGCUGCCAAGAAUGUUGGUUUGAUCAACCUGGGCGGUGUCUUUGGUGGCUUUGGAGGCAUGCUCUACGCUGGUAUCUUUGGUGAUUGGUUUAUUCUGCGCCUGGCCAAGCGCGCUAAUGGCGUCCACACGCCCGAGCAUCGCCUGGUUCUGCUGAUCUUUCCCGGUAUCCUGACGGUCGUUUCGCUUCUCCUGUAUGGGUUCACCGCUAAUGGCAAUGCCACCUGGGGUGGGCCGUACAUGGGAUGGACACUGUUGCAGGUCGCGUUCGUCUCGGUGCUCAUUUUGUCCACUUCUUUUGCUGCCGAGGCGUGGGAGAGGAACCCUGGUCCUGCCCUUGUGGCAGUUGUUGGCACAAAGAACGUCAUCGCGUUUGGUAUCAGCUAUGGCUUGAACCCAAUGGUUUCCAAGUACAGCUACCCAGUCGCGAUGGGAAUUCUGACUGCCGUUGCUGGGGGAAUUUUCCUCUUGGGAGUCCCCGUCUAUUUCUUCAAUCCUGCGUGGCGCCGCUACAUGCAACGACGUGAAGCCAAGAACUAA